AUGUAUAAAAAAUAUCUUUUUAAAUACUUACUAUAUCAUUUUAUUGUUAUAAUAGUUUCAAUAUAUAUAUCAUAUGGAAAAAAAAUUGAUAACUUUAUACAAAAUUGGAAUCAUAUUGGAAUAUAUGAAGUGAAUGUUCAAGGUUCUAAUGAUCAUAAUAUAAUUCAGAAAGAAUUAAACAUAGAUACUGCAAUAAAUAGACAAAAUAUAACAUCAAAGGAUAUCAAAAAUAAUACAGAAACAUCAUAUAAUCAUAUUAUUACUGAUGAUAUUAUAUGUGAAUGUCAGAUAACGAAUGAGAUAUGUUGGCCAAAAGCAAGAUGUAUUAGUUUAGCUUCUAGUAUAACUAUUUUAUCAUUAUUCUCAGUUAUAUUAGUUGCUUGGGUUUUACAAAUACUAGUAGCUUAUAUUGCUAGUAAAGAAUAUACAAGAAUAAAAGAACAGAUAUUAAAUGAAAAAAAAACCAAAAAAUUAGCUAAAGAUAAAAGGUAG